UUUGACGUAGAUUUUAUUGCCAUUCUUCAGCACAAAAAGUGUGAUUACUCACGUGCUUUUUAAUGGUGAAUCCUCCUAUAGUUUGAGGAACAACUUUGUUAUCAGUGGCUGCCGCGGUGGAACUCAUCCUACCAAUACACUAAUUGAGGCAGCUCUCUCCGGAUCUCCCGGAGGUGUAGACAAGUACUUAGCUCGGCCCUAUUUACUAGCGUGAACACAGAAUUGGCGGGAAGGUUGGGAGAACAGGCGGAGGCACUCUGUGUUAUUAUAAUAGUGUACCCCGCAUCAGUUGGGAAGUUUUGUUCAGUAUUUAAGCAGCCGCGUUGUAGCGAAGGUCAGUAGUUGCCGAACGCCCCAGUGGAAGGAGCCAAAGGAUUCUGCGAUCGUCGCUGUUGUUGCCUGCCCAGUAUCGGAAAUUCGGGAUAGAAUAUUCGGCAAAUAAACACUUUGAAAUAAUGGAUCGGUGAUAAAUCGUGUUAAUUGUUGAAUCCCGCCGAUCGCUUACUAACCGUAACAAAGUGUAGCAGUAAAUAAAAACAAAUUGCAUACCGACCAGUGAGACAAAUUUAGCAACUGCGAAAAUUAUGCGACCCUCACGAGCGAUGAGCAGCUUGCGGCAAUUGGUGCUAAUUGGGCUUUUGUGCGUUCUUAUCUGUGAUAUCGGUGGAGUGAUCGGCGGUGUGUUUCGAUCACCCAACCGCGAUGACGCCCUCUUCUGGCGACAGCAGGGAGAAUCCUACCUGAAGCGGAUUCUCCAGUACGAACCGCAUCGGAAAAGUGGGGCAGGCGUUGCUCGGAACGUGAUCAUCUUCAUUGGCGACGGUAUGGGAAUUGCAUCGCUCAGCACCGGGCGCAUCUACAAGGGUCAACUGGCGGGCCGAUCGGGUGAGGAGGAGGUGCUGAGCUUCGAUCACUUCGAGAAUACGGGCUUCUCGAAGACGUACAACACGGACCGGCAGGUACCGGAUUCGGCUGGUACGGCCACGGCCAUGUUCACCGGGGUGAAGACCAAGUACGGGUUCAUCGGGGUGGAUUACUCGGGCACGGCAACUAACGAGGUUGCGGCGGGUGUUUCCAAUGUAAUGGAAUGGGCGCAGGCUGUGGGCAAGCGUACGGGGAUCGUUACUACGACCAGGGUCACGCAUGCGACUCCGGCGGCCACGUUUGCGCACACGUAUGACAGGAAUUGGGAGUGUGAGGUAAAUGUUCCGGCCAAUGUGCGGAACAAAACAAAGGAUAUUGCUCGACAGUUAGUGGAGAACGCUCCGGGAAAUAAGAUGAAUGUUAUUUUGGGUGGAGGAAGAUCUUCGUUUGGGGCGGCGAUUCCAGACCACUUAAAGACGGCGUUCAGGUUUAAUGGAUCCAUGGAGAAAGUUUGCGUUCGAGAGGAUGGACGGAAUCUGGUAAAGGAUUGGUUGGUGAGCAAAAAGGAUUCUCCAGCUGCUUAUGUGUGGAAUACGGCCGAGUUAAUGAACGCUGAGGUAGACGAUUUGGAAUACCUCAUGGGGUUGUUCGCCGAUACACACAUGUCGUAUGAACGAGUACGAGACACGAGUGACGGAGGAGAGCCCUCACUUGCAGAUAUGACCGAGAAGGCAAUUCGAGUUCUGAAACGGAAAGAUUCCAAUGGAUUUGUGUUGAUGGUUGAAGGAGGGAGAAUCGACCAUGCCCAUCAUCAGAACCAUGCUCAUUUGGCACUGAGGGAGGUCGUCGAACUGGAUCGCGCUGUUGAACGAGCAUUAGGAAUGGUGGACUUGGAAGAUACCCUUAUUAUGGUUACAGCUGAUCAUUCGCAUUCGAUGACUUUCAAUGGAUACCCCGAUAGAGGAAAUGAUAUUCUUGGCUUUGCCAACCGUCCAGAUAAGUUACCGUACGAAACGAUUACGUACGCUAACGGCCCAGGCUUCCAAGCACAUCGUAUUAAUGAUAGCUGGGACCAGCCGUCCCAUCUAGACACCUGGAUUCCGGUCGAAACUAUGGAUCGUUCUGCGUUAGACUACCGUCACCUGUCGGCGUUCUACCUGGGCGACGAAACGCAUGGCGGAGAAGAUGUAGCUGUGUUUGCCUCUGGACCGGGGUCCAGUCUAGUUCGGGGAACGUUCGAACAAAACUAUAUUGCAUAUGUGAUGAGUUAUGCCGGGUGCAUGGGACCGGCCAAGCGCUUCAAUGAAGCGUGCAUGCACAAAGCUCCAGCAACGGGUGGCGCUGGAUCCACCAAAAAAUCGCCCAUUCAACUGUCGAUCAGUAUUUUAUUGCUAGCGGUAGCAAAGCUGUACUAUCUCUUCUAGCACAAUUGGUUGCAAAUUGGCUAGCUUAGUUUAAAUUUUAAAAUCUGUAAAUAUAAAUAUAGCGUAAUUAUUGUUGAACUUUG